AUGACUGCAAAGGCAGAGCUCUCAGGCUGGCCGGAGUACCCUGAUGAUUUCACCCUGCUGCAGCAGCAACGCCACCACGUCACCUCCAGGACCUGGGUUUCAUCUAGUCCCCUCCACGCCUUCUCCAGGAGGGACGGAGCCGGAGACGGAGCAGCAGACGCGGGCCUCUCGCUGGAGAAACUGAUGCCGAUGGGCAAGCUUAGCGAGUGCGUGUCCGCUGAAGGCAGCACAGAAACAGACUCUGACCAGGCGGCAGAAAGAGGAGGAGGCAAGGUGAGCCGCUUCGGCCCGAUGAAACACCGGCGCGUCGCGGCCAACGCCAGGGAGAGGAGGAGGAUGAACGGCCUGAACCAGGCGUUUGACGAGCUGAGGAGCGUCAUCCCCUCGCUGGAGAACGAGAGGAAGUUAUCCAAGUACGACACCCUACAGAUGGCGCAGAUCUACAUCAACGAGCUGUCGGAGCUGCUCACCGAUGUGGUCCACCCGGUCUGCACCAGUCCAGGCUCAGCGGACAAGACCUCCAGGAGGCAUCUGAUUCACUCUCUGAACCCAAACCCGCUGGCCGGAGAGCAGAGGGAUCCCUCCGCUUCCCUGAGCCACCUCAUCAUAUUUGGACCUACAUCUGACCUGGGGUCAAGUCAGUCACUGAGCUCUUCCAACGGCAGCGAUGGGGAAUCUUCGCACCUCAGUGACAUGGAGGAAAGUCUGAGUGGAAGACAGUAACAGAGAACCACUGACUUAUUCUGUCUGUUAU